CUGGGAGUGAGUGAGUCGAGCAGAGUUGGGGAAGAAGGUGGAAAAUGGGGAAGAAAGCAAAGAAGCCAGGGAAAGGGAAAGAGAAAACGGAGAAAAAAACAGCGAAAGCAGAGGAAAAAAGAGCUCGCAGAGAAACCAAGAAACUCUCACCCGAAGACGACAUCGACGCCAUCCUGUUGAGCAUACAGAAAGAGGAAGCGAAGAAGAAGGAAGUCCACAUUGAAGAAAAUGUGCCUGCACCAUCUCCUCGAUCCAAUUGUUCGUUGAAUGUUAAUCCGCUGAAAGAGACAGAAUUAAUAUUGUAUGGUGGUGAAUUCUACAAUGGCAAUAAGACAUUUGUUUAUGGUGAUCUUUAUCGAUAUGACGUGGAGAAGCAGGAGUGGAAAUUGAUUUCGAGCCCUACCAGCCCACCGCCUCGUAGUGCUCAUCAGGCUGUUGCUUGGAAGAAUUAUAUCUAUAUCUUUGGUGGCGAGUUUACUUCUCCUAAUCAAGAGAGAUUCCAUCACUACAAGGACUUUUGGGCGUUAGACCUGAAAACAAAUCAAUGGGAGCAACUAAACUAUAAAGGUUGUCCUAGUCCACGCUCAGGCCAUCGGAUGGUUUUGUAUAAGCACAAGAUUAUUGUUUUUGGAGGCUUCUAUGACACUCUUAGAGAAGUGAGGUAUUUUAAUGAUCUGCAUGUGUUUGACCUGGAUCAGUUUAAGUGGCAAGAGAUUAAACCUAGACCAGGAGCAAUGUGGCCGAGUGCUCGGAGUGGUUUUCAGUUUUUUGUUUACCAAGAUGAGAUAUAUUUGUAUGGUGGCUAUGCCAAAGAAGUUUUGUCUGACAAGAGCAGCUCUGAAAAAGGAAUCGUUCAUUCAGACAUAUGGUCCCUUGAUCCUAGGACUUGGGAGUGGAACAAGGUGAAGAAAAGUGGUAUGCCUCCUGGACCUCGUGCUGGUUUCUCUAUGUGUGUCCACAAAAAAAGGGCGUUGCUCUUUGGUGGCGUUGUGGAUAUGGAAGUGCAAGGUGAUGUCAUGGUGAGCUUGUUCUUGAAUGAACUUUAUGGGUUCCAAUUAGACAGCCAACGAUGGUACCCAAUUGAGCUACGAAGAGAGAAAUCAACAAAAGAUAAGUUGAAAAAGAAAUCUGAUGAAAAAACUAAUGGUGUUGUCCCCGACAGUCAGACUUGUCGAGCUGAACCAGAGAAUUGUGCAGCAAAUGACAAAGAUGAAAUUUUGGAUUUGGAUCAAGAUGUAGACAUGGAAAGCAACAUAAAUGAUAUUUCUUUUCAGGUGGAAAGGAAUGUGACUGUUGAUGACAAUGAGGUCACUAUUAAAUCUGAAGGGAAAAAUGUGGUGGCUGUUAAAUCUGAUGGAAAAAAUCAUGAAUCUAGCUCUAGAUUUAUGGUGCAAAAUUCUGUUUCACCAGAGAUUGUGAAGCCUUGCGGACGUACCAAUUUCUGUAUGGUUGCGGCUAGAGAUACAUUAUACAUCUAUGGGGGCAUGAUGGAAGUUAGAGAUCGAGAAAUAACGCUGGAUGACUUAUAUUCACUUAAUCUGAGCAAACUUGAUGAAUGGAAAUGCAUUAUACCGGCAUCUGAAUCUGAAUGGGUUGAAGCCUCAGAGGAUGAAGACGAGGAUGAGGAUGAAGAUGAAGGUGAUAGUGACGAUGAAGAAUGUGAUAGCGGAGGCGAUAGCGAUGAGACCAAUGAUGAUGAUGAUGAUGAUGAUGUUGUGGAGACCAAGAAUGCUGGUGCUACAUCACUUGAAAUGGGAGAUGCUGUUGCUAUAAUAAGGGGUGAACGAAAGAAUCUUCGGAGGAAGGAGAAACGGGCCAGGAUUGAGCAAAUCAGAGCCAGUCUUGGCCUUUCUGAUUCACAGAGAACACCAAUGCCUGGUGAAUCUUUAAAGGACUUCUACAAACGAACGAGCAUGUACUGGCAGAUGGCAGCAUAUGAACAUACUCAGCACACGGGAAAGGAGCUCCGUAAGGAUGGAUUUGAUCUUGCUGUAUCUCGGUACAAUGAGCUCAAACCAAUUCUUGAUGAGUUGGCCAUCUUAGAGGAAGAGCAGAAGGCGGAAGAGGCAGAAGGGCCUGAAACUAGUAGUUCAAGAACGAAAGGUAACAAGAAAAACAAGCAAUUAGCAUCGAAGUAGCUUGAGAUUUUGAUAUAAUUCAUCAAUAGAUGUUAGUUAAUUGAGUUGGUUUACUUUGUUGUUAUCACAAAAUUUAGAUGCCUGACUGUCGCCCUUUCUUUUUAGACUUGCUUUCAUGCUCCUUGAUGACUAAACAAUUAGCUGCUGUCUCAUAAUGAUCAAUAGCCAAUUCCUGUCUCAUAGGUGUAUGUUCAAAUUAUACUUAUUCCAGUUUCAUGUUGGAUUGAUGAAUCAUUUUGAGACAGAAUCGUUAUUUUGUGACGUUUAUUA